AUGAGGCACGCAAGAAUGUAAAAAGAGAAGGCUUCUGCUCUUCUUCUUCGGUCUUCUUAGAAGAUCUGCAUCUCUACUACUACUGAUCGUUUAAUUCUUUAAUUUUGUGUUUUCAAUUUUCAGUGGUAAUGGAGAGUUUGCCUGCAGAUCUCUGUCUCAAGAUCUUCUGUUGGUUGGAUCAUCAGAAUCUUGCAACUGCUCAACAAGGUGCAUGUUAUUGAUAUGGCAAUUUGUUUUUGUAAAGUUUGCAAAAAAUGGAAGGUGUUGGCCUCAGAUAAUGUUCUGUGGUCUAAUCUCUUCCAGGAUAGAUGGGGAGGAGAUCGUGCUGCUUUCUAUGCCCCUGUUGACUCAAAAUUAUGGAAACAUGCGUAUGAGGUGCAAGAUCGUUGUGAUCGAAUUGGAUUGGGGCUGAAGAUAAUCAGAGAAGGUGGUGACUACUAUCUUGUUCACCAAGGAGAAAUCCAACGGUAUUUGGGUUCGAGGAGAAAAAGUAAAAGGGCAACCAGUUCUCAAAAUUCAAAAGCAGAGCUUACAGGAGAUCAAUUCAUGAAAGUUGAGGAAUCCUGCUGUCGAGGUAUACUGGACAAAAUACUUUUCUUCAUUGGGGACUUGGAAGUAGCAUCAGCAGAUGCUAAACGUGGUCGAAUUGAAUAAGCAGUCUUCAAGUUGUCACUUAACAUACCCAGAAGUGCAAAUUUCUUCUGCUUGCUUGCAUUAAGAUUGAUCCUCACUAUUGUUGUUUGUAUAUUUGUUCAAAUAGGAUUAAAAUUGAUCCCCAUUUGUGUUUUAUGUAUAUUUAUUCAAAUAGGCCUCCAUCCCUAGCUUGUUUCUGUGUAAAUAAUGCACCCAUAUUGAAGGUUGAUUUAUAAUUUAUUUAUGUGAAA